CCACCUCCCCACGACAUCCGAGCUUCGCAAGGCCCCGACGCCUCCAUAUCUCUCCCUCGCGCCCAGAGCUUCCUCUCCCGAAGCCUCUCCCUACCCCGUAUCCAGGCGCAUCGCAUCACCCCACCGGCCGAGUCGUUUUUCCAACUACAGCUCGUCAAUAGCCGGCGCAAGCUCCCGCAGUCGACUGUUCCGCCGAAUCCUUCCCCGUGGCGACUCCCAGGACUUGACCUAGUUCCGCAAAUUGUUAUGGCAGAGCAGAUCACCCACGAUGUGGUAAACGAAGCACAGUCGAUGGGUGAUCCCUCGCCCAUCGACGCUAAUGCGACAACUACCAAAGACUCUCCCGCCGGCGCGGCGCCGGACACGACCAUUGCCAACAACAAGUCCUCGUCAGAUACUCCCGCGAUCACACCUUCGACUGCUUCAGGCGACACCGCCCCGCAAGACAGGAACCCGCCUUCCAACCCCCCGACCGAUGAGACCAAGACGGAGCCCGCAGCCAUUACUUCUGAGCAGGCUAAGGACGGCGAAGGCUCUUCAGCAAAGUCCAAGGAGUCUACCACGAAUGGGACACCCGGCGAUCAGUCAGCUUCAGAAGACCUCACGGUACCGCAAGCCGCGGCAGAUACGAGUGGAGGAUCGGAUACAGACACCAGUCGCGCGAAGGACGGGGAGAGUCGGCCUAAGACGAAGAAACCCACAUCCUUUAAAUCGGUCUCGGUCACGAAGCAUUUCCUUGCCAAGACAGCGGUGGCGCCGCCCUCGAAGACUGGCGACAAAGCUUCGCCGACUCCGCCGACGUCUUCUCCAGCGCCUACUGCGAAACCUCGCCUGGUCGCAAAAUCGGGCAGCGGGGUAGGAAGCGCGGUUCCGCGUUCUGGUCUCUCAAGACUCAAUGGAGCCAGUACCCCUGAUCCGGCCACGGUUUGGAACAAGAACAGGCCUGUGCCUCCGCCCCCACCCAAGCAAUUCACCGACGAGGAGCUCAAACAGCAGUUUGGCAUCCAUUUGGCAACUAGACUGCAGGCAGACGAAGAUUCGAAGGAAUCGAAGUGGGCUGAUAUCGAGGACGAUGAGGAGGAUUGGGCUCCGGAUACAGUGGAAUGGAUGGACGGUACGAAGUCCACGGUCAAAGGCACCGACGAGCCUCCGCCUCCAGCAGAAGAAACCAAGCCUGAGCCGCCCAAGGAGGAAAAACCUGUUGAAGACUCGAAACCUCCCGCGCCUGCGUCUCUUGCUCCCAGGCCAAGCUCAACGAGCGGAUCAAAGACCAUUUUGAAGCCUGGUGCUGCUGCGAACCAGGCGAAGCCAGGGGGUCUCGUGCUGAAAGGACAGCCCGAUAAGCCGACUCUCGUUGCUAAGCCGUCUGCACCGACGCCCGUUAAGUCACCUUGGGCCCCUCUUCCGCCAAUUGAAAAGGUCUCGCCUGUGGUAAUUAAUCCGCCUGUACAGCACCCACAAGCCCGUUUUGGCCACAGAGAUCCACAUGGUUUUGAUGCACUUCCGCCAGCGCCAACCAAGGAGAUCGCGGCGGACGAUUUCAACAGGUCUUGGAGGGACGACAGAGGUCCGAGAGAACUGUUCAAUUCACACUCUGGCAGAUACGAGCCGGUGAAGGACUCGCGUCGUGGCUCCCGUCCUAGCGAAAACAUUCGACAGCCUUCAGUGUUGCAACGCCCCUCUCAGCACGCCGGGCCGGCAGAACCCUCGGCAGCGUUCCAGACUUCUCGUACUGGUCCAGUCGAUGACCCUUGGAGCCGUCGUCGCUCUUCGUCCAAUGUUAGCGGCGGCAGGAGGAUGUCAUUCAACAGAAGCCAUGACAUGCCGCCAAUGGACCGCCGUGGCUCACAAGUGAUUUCCGAUUUGCCGCCACCACCAAUUCCCUCAAAGGCAGGAUAUCCACCGCGAGGGCCUUUUCCGGAGCGUACGUUAUCUCCUGCAGCAUCCAAUCAAGGCUCUUGGACCCAACGAUCGUCGCCAGUUGUCACUCAUGCUCAACCAGCAUCGCCAUUUGGAUCUGCGGCUUCUCCCGUUCCUCCAGAGUCCGUCCAUGAUGCAGCAGCUGGGAACAUAACUAUGCAGGAUGCUGUCGCUAUACAGGAGCAGACGAUGCGCGAAAAGAUUGAGCGUGCAAAGGCAGAGAAGCAAAAGCGUAGAGAAGAAGAGGAGAGGGAGGAGGCAGCCAGGAAAGAGCGGUUGCGCCUUAAGUUGGAAGCUAUGGGUCCUCCGCCACCUAAGACGGAGAAGACGACGAGCCCACCCCCAACGACUACUGCCGAGCCGCCGAAAAGCGUGCAGUCACCACCCAAGCCGCCUGUUCCCACUGCGGAUGGCGAGGUUGCUCAGUACGGCAUGAUGAAAGUUCAUCAAGCGCAUCCGGUGAGGAAGCCGGCCGUGCAUGAAGACAAGCACGUCUCGGAGCCGCAUCUCAGCGCAGCCGGGCCCGGUCGCGAAGCGCGGUCGCCAGAAUAUAAGCCAAAGUCUCCGGCUAGAUCGCCAGCUGCGCCAGCUGAGAGCGUGGCUCGGUCGCAAGAUAAGACUGAAGCGCUGCCAUCUGCUACGCCGUCGGCGUGGAAGUCGUCGGUGCAGGCGGAACAGAACACAGUGUGGAGCAACGUGCGCGCGCGCCCCAUUGCCUCGAAUGUUUGGGGCCCUCCCAAUCCGAAUCGGGAAAGAGCGAUUGGCAACGGCACCUUCGCGGUUGUCCAGCCACAGGGACCUGCCGCUCCGGGCCCGAUUGCCCCGCCAUCCACCACGUCCAAGCUUUCAACUUCACCUUCGCAUCCCACAACGCAACCUCCAGUCGUCGAGCAGCAACCACCACCGUUUCCCUCGCCCGCUGACGCCCGUCAGCCCGGACAACCCUCGUCUACUAUGGCUGCCGGCGCGGUCGCAAUGCCUCCCGGCCCCAUCGCUCCUCCCACUGGUCCAUCGAGACGUCAACCGCAGCCCUUUGAUCACUCCGCCUGGAGCGCCAACUCGAUUGCUGAGCAAGACGCUCAGCUCGCUCGCAUCAGAGAGGAGAGGUUCAGCACUGGUCCUAAGAACUUGCCUGCGUUCAAGGAAACAUUCAAACAGACUGCCAUCGAAGGCUCUCUCGGUCCGCGUCGCGUGCUGAAGACCGAGUCCGUCGUCCAUCACUUCAAGAAGCCUGCAUCCACGCCGGCCGACGCGACUCUUCAGGAUUCGGCCAUUCCCAGUCAGCACACAGACGCGACUUCGCGUUCCACUUCGCUGCCUUUGAGCGAGCCUUACCGGGCCCCGACGACAAGUGAGGCUUCACCUGCGCUCGCACCGAUCGGAUCCGAGAAGGCGCAAUCUUCGCCAGGCGCACCGGCUGUCUCGCAACACCCUCAGAGUGCUCGCUCUUCUCGUUUCUUCCCACGCGCGCAAGAUGCUGUCGAGUCGUCCGCGCAACAGACCACUUCGGCUUCUGUUGCCAUCGACUCACCACCGCCUCCAGAAACCUCCAGCCACCCCGUCUUCGCCGGAGACGUUCGUCGCCCAGUCGUCAAGCUGCCCCAGAAGAUUACUGUCAAGCUUCCACCAGUGUCGUCGCAGCCGCCAUCAGUACAGAUGCCCGCGAGACCAGGCUUUCCACGGUUCGGAUCUCAACCGAUAGUUGCCCAGCCGGGCUGGCAAGAAAGAAUCAACGGUCUGCUCGGACGCCCGACCAUGCCUUCCCCACCUAAGCCCGUCUCUACGGCACUGGCUGUUGCACCUGAGAGCAAAGAACCUCUCGACCAUAUCGCGCAUCGCGCCAGUCCUUCAGUCUCCUUGCCUUCUAAGCAGAACACUGGCAAGGCACCUGCCGUCACCUUCAUCGUUGGUUAUGAUAGCAGCCCCGCCUCCAAGCCGACCGUCGAGGACGAGUUCAUGAGCACGCCCGAAGCUUUCUCAAGCCCUACUGUUUGUUUACCGAAGAAAGCUCACCACAACGCUGGUCUUUCUCCUGUCCCCGGCCCGACUUCGCGUCCCGGCUCUCGCUUCUACAAGACGCCUGAUGUCUUCAGUAUCGAUCCAAUGUUCAUUACUUUGGCCGACUGUGAGCAGAAUGCGCAGGGCUUCAUCAUCAACAUUCGUAUGCCGUCAUCGAACGUCCUCAAGACGAAGGUCAUGGCUAGGCGUCGCAACGCCAGUCGCAAGUCUUCUGGUUACAACAAGAAGAGGAAUUCUGCUCCACGCGAGAAUGGUACAGGCAGCACACAGCCUCGCUCGCGCAAGGCUUCGGGUUCGCCUGCGCAGACGCAGUCUGCAGCUGCGUCGUCGAGGUCCUCGCCGAGCGGCGCUUGGGGCAACACCAACAGGACCAACAAUCCGUGGAACAGGCGUACCUCUGGGGCGGUUCACUAGAUUUGUUUGAGGUUUAAUUGGCGAUCUCGGUCUCGGGAAUAUCUCUGCUUUGGUCACUUUCCGUUGGCUCUCAUCCGUGUUUACUGAUUUUCCAGGUGAAGGCCAGGCGACACGUCCCGUUCUUUGAAGAUAUCAUGUAGCACGUCCUGGAUGAGAGCAUGUCGGGGUUUACAGGAACCGGGUUCUUACAUUAGGGGCCGGAGCACACUCGUUGCCCCCUUCGGUCUAUUGACUUUGCGCCUCGGUGCGCACCUACACUUGCUUUGCAUGAGAUCAGCGAAGGCUUUAUGCCUGUUCUGGAAUGUAUUUUGCUCUUCAUGAAUCAUAAUGGCUUUAAUGCCGUUCACCAUCUC